CUCAGCCCUAACCAAAAGAUUUCGUGAUUAGCAUCAAGUCGACAAUUAUUGUAUUGCAUAAUCAACACCACACACGUGUUAUUGAAGCUUGAACAGCAAUGUCGUCGCGUAACCCUCCACCAUGGCGCAACGAACGCGACGGGCUUCCCCAACGCGCCGCACCAUCGUCAAGCAUUCCCGCGAAACGCUCCGCCGACACUCGAGCACAUGACCAUCCUGCCAAGCGGUCGACAAAUGCAGCCGAAGAAGCCUGGGUGGCAGACGAGGACCGUUUUGUGCUGCAGCAGGCGAAGACGAAGGCAGCCCUGCGCGUCAAGGGCGGUCGCGCCAAACCCAUCGACUGGCUGGCCGUCACGCUGCGCUUCGUCGACCCAACAAAAACCAUACACGACGAGGAGGUGGGCGAUGAUGACCUGGAAGUUGCAGAUCCAGAAGGCGUGUUGGAGGGUCUGCGUGAGGGAGAGCUCUCAGAACUCGACAAGGAGAUCGAGAACUACCUGACCCUCGAGACAAACAAGAGCAACCGAGAGUAUUGGAACGCCCUCAAAGUCAUCUGCAAAGACACACGACGCAAGUCGCGUUCCUCUGCCUCGGAGGCGCGCGGCACAAGCUCCGUCUCAUCAGACAUCGACCGACUGCUGGCGCCCAAGUCAUACGAGGAGCUCGAGACACUUGAAGUCCAGGUCAAGAGGAAGCUCGACUCGGACGAGCCCAUCGACUACGAUUACUGGGAGCAACUGCUGCGGAACCUGCGCGUGUGGAAGGCCAAGGCGAAGCUGCGGCGCGUCUCGCAGGACAUUGUCAAAGAGCGGCUUCAAGCGCUACGCAAGCAACAAGCGGUGGCAGCUGCGUCUGUGCAGGAAAGACUAUACAACUUGUUGACCGGUGGGGAUGACACGGUUGAAGGACGGCCUACCACUGUCGCGUACGAUGCAACACUCGACCCUCAACCCUUGCUGAAGCUCCGUGCUGAGGAUAAGGCGCUCGAGCAGGUCGCCACGCAGAAGUUCUUAGAUAGCAUGGCCAACGAUCGACGAAAGAUUCAGAAACUAGGAUAUGUACCAUUGCAGAAGGAGGCCCAACAUCGCACGACCACCGACAAUAUGUCACACACCAGCCAAGCUGUCACCACAAGCGCAUCCCGAUUUGCGCCUGUCGAGAAAGAGGACUAUUCUCAGGCCACCAUGGCCCUCUACGAGCGAGAGGUCGCGCGAGGCGUCGAAGAGGGCGAGGAAAUCUUUACGGCCGAAGAAGACGUCACAACCGCGAGACCACAGGGUACAGCCAACUACAAGCCCAGAAAACCACGCUAUUUCAAUCGCGUUCAGAUGGGCUACGAAUGGAACAAGUACAACCAAACGCACUACGACCACGACAACCCGCCCCCAAAGGUCGUGCAAGGCUACAAAUUCAACAUUUUCUACCCUGACUUGAUCGACAAAGUCAAAGCGCCGACGUACAAGAUCGAACGCGAGAACGGGCGCAAGCGCGGACAGUCGUUUGCACCAGCUGGCGAGGAUGACACAUGUCUUAUUAGGUUCAUCGCUGGCGCACCGUAUGAGGAUAUUGCGUUUAGGAUCGUCGAUAAGGAAUGGGAUUACAGUGCCAAACGGGAACGGGGGUUCAAGAGCAGCUUCGACAAGGGCAUCUUGCAGCUCCACUUUCAAUUCAAGAAGAUAUAUUACCGAAAGUGAUUGGUCUUCC